AGCGGGGCUCUCUGACACGUGUGGGCUGCACAUUCCCCAGGCAGGACAACACUCGGCAGCCGCAGCUGUGCCAAGCCUGCUGGCCCGGGGCGUCGGUUUUCAGCCGGAGGGGCCCCUCCGGGGGCGGCUGGAGAGGGCGUGGGCUGGAACAGCCUGUUUCUGGAACUCGCACCUCACUGGGGGUCUUGGGGAGAAGGCCUGAGGAUUUGCCGGUGGCUCCAAGAGAAGUGGUGAGAAUCCAGGCUCAGUUUCUGCCUCAGGGUGCAGGCUGGCGUCUGACCCCCAUGGGCACCUUCAGGCCCCCACAGGCACCAUGACUCAGCAGCCCCAGGACGGCUUCGACCAGAGCGUGGAGGACGCCCAGGCAUGGAUGCAGGCCGUGCAGGAGCGCCUGCAGCUGAAUGACAACACCCAGGGGCCCCGCGCGGCGCUGGAGGCCAGGCUGCGGGAGACCGAGAAAAUAUGCCGGCUGGAGCCCGAGGGGAACGUGAAGGUGGGCCUGGUGCUGCAGACAGCCGAAGCCCUCCUGGCUGGUUGCCGUGAGGACCAGAAACCCGAGAUCCUGGCCCGAUUGAAGGAUGUCAAAGCCCAGUGGGAGGAGACUGUCACGUACAUGACUCACUGCCACAGCCGCAUCGAGUGGGUGUGGCUGCACUGGAGCGAGUACCUGCUGGCCCAAGACGAGUUCUACCGCUGGUUCCAGAAGAUGAUGGCCACCCUGGAGCCCCGUGUGGAGCUGCAGCUGGGCCUGAAAGAGAAGCAGUGGCAGCUGAGUCAUGCCCAGGUGCUGCUGCAUAAUGUGGACAACCAGGCUGUGCUCCUGGAGCGGCUGCUGGAGGAGGCGGCCUCCCUGUUCAAUAGGAUCGGUGACCCCAGCGUGGACGAAGAGGCUCAGAAGAGGAUGAAGGCCGAGUAUGACACUGUGAGGACCAAAGCCAAGGACCGGGUGGACCUGCUGGAGCAGGUGGCCCAGGAGCACCGGCAGUUCCAGGCCGGCAUGGAUGAGUUCCAGCUGUGGCUGAAGGCGGCCACGGAGAAGGUGAACGGCUGCCUGGGGCGGGGCUGCCAGCUGAGCACCAAGCAGCGGCUGUCGGCUCUGCAGGACAUUGCCAAAGACUUUCCCAGGGGCGAGGAGUCUUUGAAGAGGCUGGAGGAGCAGUCUGUGGGGGUCAUUCAGAACACCUCUCCUCUGGGUGCGGAGAAGAUCGCCGAAGAGCUUGAGGAGCUGCGGAAGGUCCUGGAGAAGCUGCGCGUCCUCGGGCAAGAGGAGGAGGGGCGGCUGCGGAGCACGCUCAAGUCCAAGGGCGCCUGUGAGCGGCAGAUCACGCAGCUGGAGGCAGAGCUCGGAGAGCUCAGGAAGUGCCUGCAGAAGCUGGCGGAGGAGGGCCUGGAGCCCACACCGAAGGGAGAGACUGAGGACGAGCUGGUGGCUCGCUGGAGACUCCACUCGGCGACACGGGCAGCGCUGGCCGCGGAGGAGCCCCGGGUGGAGCGGCUGCAGGCCCAGCUGAAGCAGCUCGUCGCUUUCUCCCAUGACCUGCAGCCGCUCUUCGACAGCGUGGUCUCGGCCAUCCAGGAGUUCCAGAGCCUGAAGGCGCAGAGCAGCAGGCUGCGCAACGCUGCGGGGCUGGAGCUGUGGCAGCAUCUCCAGCGGCCACUGCAGGACCUGCAGCUGUGGAGGGCCCUGGCCCAGAGGCUCCUGGACGUCACAGCCAGCCUGCCGGACCUGCCGUCCAUUCACACCUUCCUGCCCCAGAUCGAGGCGGCCCUGGCGGAAAGCUCCCGCCUGAAGGAGCAGCUGACGAUGCUGCAGCUGAAGGGAGAGCUGCUGGGCAGCAUCUCCGGCCAAGAGAGAGCCACGGCCCUCCUGGAGCAGGCGGCCAGCUCUGGGAGGGACAGAGACCUGCUCCACAACAGCCUGCUGCAGACGAAAAGCAAACUGCAGAGCUUGCUCGCUCAACACAAAGACUUUGGGGCUGCUUUUGAGCCCCUGCAGAAGAAGCUCUUGGACCUCCAAGUCAGAGUCCAAGCCAAGAGCGGACUUCGGCGGGACCUUCCUGGAAAACAGGCCCAGCUCUUGCGGUUGCAGGGGCUGCAGGAAGAGGGACUGGACCUGGAGGCACAGAUGGAGGCGCUGAGGCCUCUGGUUCGGGAGAACCUCAACCACCAGCACAAACUGGACCAGCUUUCCUCAGACUGCCAGGCCCUGCACAGGUCCCUGGAGGACCUCACGGAUGGGUGCCGGCAGGCCGUGCGGGAGCACUGCGCCUUCAGCCACAAGCUCCUGGGGCUGCGCCAGUGGAUCGCUGUGCUCACCCAGAGGCUGGAGUCGCUCCGGGGUGACGCGGGCCCGUGGGAUGCUGAGUCCCGGGCAGAAGAGGUCGAGAGGCUGGUGGCUGAAUUCCCUGAGAAGGAGGCCCAGCUGCCCCUGCUGGAAGCCCUCGGCCAGCUGGUGAUGGCCAAGUCUUCUCCGGAGGGGGCCGCCAGGGUCCAGGAGGAGCUGGGGGAGCUGGCGGAGUCGUGGCGGGCCCUGCGGCUGCUGGAAGAGAGCCUGCUGGGCCUUGUCAGAAACUGGCAGCUACAGAGCAUGGAAGUGGACUCAAGGGAGAAAAUGGUUUUCACCAACGACAUCCCCAAGUUUGGGUUUGUCAUCAACCCUUCGGAUCCCAUUCCCAGGCAUCGUCGUCAGGGAAAUCCACUCCAGGAAGGAGAAGGCAGCCGUGAAGAUCUCUCCCAACUCCUGAGGAACUUUGUGCAGUGGUUGCAGGUGGAAAAUUCCAAGCUGGUUAGAAUCAUUGCAAUGAAAACUACCACAGCCAAGGAUCUGAGAACCAGAGAAACAAAGCUGCAGGAGCUGGAGGCUCGGGUACCAGAGGGUCAGCAGCUCUUCGAGAGCCUCCUGCGUCUUGGGCCUGCAAGGGGGACUUUGGAUGAGCUGGAGGACCUGCGGUACCAGUGGAUGCUGUACAAGUCCAAACUCAAGGACACCAGUCACCUGCUGAUGCCGAGUUCUCCAGGGGAGCCAACCAGAUUCCUGAAGGCCCGGCAGCGGCGAGGGCUCGGCGCGCUGUCCCGGAAGGUGUGCUGCGUGGCGCUCCCCCUGCAGGCGCUGCUGCUGCUGUUGCUUCUGCUGCUGCUCCUGCUCCCGGUCGGGGACGUGGACCGCAGCUGCGCGCUGGCCAACAACCUCGCCCGCUCCUUCUCGCUCAUGCUCCGCUACGACGGCCCCCCGCCCACCUAGCCCGCCGGGCCCCCAGGUGACUUGUUCUCCGGCCUCCCGUCCGCCGCGGGGCUCCUGCCCAGGACGCCCGGGGCCGCUGGAAACAGGGGCAGGCUGGAGCGCAGCAGCAGCUGCAGCGUCAAUACUAUCUCAGUGUUCCAAGAACAAACGGCUUUUUAUACAGUGCUGCCUCGGUCUGUUUAGACUAAACGUGGGUGUGUGUGUGGCUAAGGAAUGAUGCAUAGAAUUUUUAUAUGCGCUAAGUGUAAAUGCUCAGUAUGGACAGUUUCAUUUAUGACAUCUGUUUGUAACUGGGACAGUUCCUAGCAGUUUGCUCCUCCGAUGGGAUUUGAUGCCAUUUUUGCCUGGAAUGUGGGAACAAUAACUUGGCACUUUUAUGGCUUCCUCCUUUCUGGAACCCAAUCCCAAAGCCCAGGGGUUAAAGGCCUCUGAGCUGUCAACCUAGAGGAGCAGCUCCCGCCCACACUCAGAGCCCAGGGACUCUUGCUUUAGGCACAGUUGGAACCAGUGUGCUGGAGUAGUUUUCAAGACCGCAGUGGGUUAAGGUGCAAUGGAUUGGUGACAACCAGUGGUAGGCAUGAUAAUAUGGUUAAAAGUGACAAGUACUCGAGUGAUAGCAAGGGAAGAAAAGAAAAACCACAAAGAGUAGACCAAGAGCUAACAAAGCACAGCAGAAAAGGGCCGUCGAGUGCCGCUCCCCAGAGCCCUGCAGCUCAGUAGGCUCCCACAGCUCCGGCCUGUGACAGGUGUCCGUGGCCCUGACCGUGAGCCUUCAGGACAUGCUGAGAUCACGCUCUGUGGGCUCCCGUCAGGAGAGACUUUAUUUUUAAGAUUUCCAUGCAGAAUGGGGAAACGCUCUGAGCUGAGUGUCAUCAUCCACAACUUGGGCUGGAACAGAGGGGGCCGGGGCUGGAGGUCCAAGGCAGAGAGGGUCCCUGGCUGGGGGGCUCUCCCUUCCCUUCCCAGAAGGGGCUUUGGAGAAAGGCAGGUUCACGGGACCAAGAAAGACCCCCACAGGGGCCGAGCAGACACCACGCCAGGGCCUUUCUUGGGGAAUUCCAGGAAUUUCUCAAGGGCUUCAAAACUGGAUCACAUUUUCCUUAACUCAAUACUAAGUUUUCCCUUUUAGAAGAAAUCCUUAGUGUGCACUCUUUACAAAUCUGUUCUGUCUGCUCUGCUACAAUGAGGAGACCAAAGGAUUCUUAUUGACCUUGCAUAACCCCAGAAGGAUCCUUUAAUCCAAGGGGGCACUGAGGCCCAAGGAGGCUGUGCCCUCUCCUGCUGCUCUCUCGCACAGGCCAACCCCCCACCCCUGCAGGGUGUUGGGCCCCAGCCUUGGCAGGGACUUGCUGGUGACUAGGAGGAGCCUGACCAUCCCCUGGGCAGGAGCUCGAUGCUGCCGGGAGCUCUCAGUGCUAACUCAGCUCACCUUUCUCUGGAUAUUUGGAAACCAAGCCACCCUCAGCAGGCAGCCACUUUCAACUGGAAAACGGGCAGACUAGGCCAGGCAGCCAAACCCAGAGGCUCCCUGGGUCGGGUCUGGCCCGCCCUAGGGAGCCAGAGCUGGGGCCUCUCUCCCAUGGCCCCCAGGCUGUGCCCCUACCAUAGCACAACCCCUCACAUCAAUAUCUGUAAAAAGAAAGUGAGGUCAGGGGUACUACCUGUGGGGGCCAGAGGGAUUGCACAAGUGCAGCGGGGGUGGGAGCAUCUAUAUAUUUUUUUAAACUUUGAUAAUAAUACCAUAAAUUCUGCUUGUCUGCCUAACCGCUUUUUUUUAAAAAAAAGAUAAAUGAUAUUUUCAUAACUUUAGUUUCAUAUAAAUAUAUGUAAUAUGAUAUAACAACCCAUUUACUGGUGCUUUUCACAUGUAAUCUCUUUUGCUUAAAGUGGAUACAGAAAUUAUUAUUCUCAUGACUAUUUUCUAAGCUCUUUAACAACAGCCACAGCAAGCUUUAAAGUGACAUUUGGAAAAGAUGUGGCCAUGGGACCUGCGUGCAGGUGUUUGUCCCCUGUCCCCAAAGUGAGAGGGGUCUUAGAAUUGGGGCUGUCACUGCCCAGUUGUGUGUGUGUGUGUGUGUGUGUGUGUGUGUGUGUGUGUGAGAGAGAGAGAGAGAGAGAGAGAGAUGAGACAGACAAUGACAGAUGGAACAGGGAAGAGGGGCAGAGACAGAAAGGGGAAGGAGAGAGGGAGCAAGAAAAUGAGAAGGGGGGUGAGGAGAGAGACUGGAGCAGAAGGAGUCUGAGAGGUGCCAUGUCUACCCUCUGGCCUCCCCAUCCCCACUCCUUCUUCCUUAUUCUGUUCUUUGAGUGUGGAAAGCAAUAUGCAAGAUCCAGAGGUGCGUCUAAAGCAAAGACAGGGUGGAGAAACAGACAGGUGUGGACAGCCGACAAGCCCAGAAGGCCCCUGGGGACACCAGCAGGAGGGGAGGAGGGAACACCAACAGCAGAAACACAAAAUACCUUUUAUUUGGUCCUGGCAGGUGCCUGGUCCCUUGGUGGACACAUUACAAGCCAUAUUUUAUUUAAUUCUCACAAGAACCCCUGGUGUUUGGUAUUACUUUAGCCCAUUUACUAGAUGAGAAAACUGAGGCUCAAAGAUUAAGACACUUGCCAAUGGCGGAAGUGGGAUUUGGACCCAGGCUUGCCUGACUCCAAAGCUUGUGCUUGGGAGAAGAAGGAAGAAGGCCCAGGGCUGCUUCUGCUGGUUGCCUAUAGCCGUAGGGACUGCAUUCAGGGAGCCAGCAGCUCCCUCCGAGUCUGCAGCUGGGAUAGGACCAGAGCUCUGGCCUCCCCCUGCUCCUCUGCAGGGCCAGACGCCCUGAGGAGCUACCACCAGCUUCUUUCUUGCAGGUUGUCUUCAGCCAUCGUCUCACAGCUCAGAGAGGUGGAGCUUCCUACCACCUGGGAGCGAGCACCUCUUACAACCCACUGUGAGGUCCUGGGGCCUGGAUGGUGCCACCUUGUAAACCCAGGUGCUGGGGAGUAACUUCAGGUGUAGUUUGUUGACUUGCAUUAAAAACCCAGAGGCAAGUGUGUUUCCUGACACCUCAAACCCCUCCUGGAUACAAGGAAAUGGGUCCCUGGUGAUGUGCCCCACUUCCACCUUUCAGGCCCUAUUCACUUCAAGCAGGUGACCAGAGUUCCUAGCAGGGACCAGAUGUCCAAGGAUGCUUGUCCCCGAGCAGCUGCAGGGGAAGGAAGCUGGGGACUUGCAGCCUGGGGGCCAUGGAGAAUGACAGGCAGAGGCAGCUGAAGGCCCGAGCGUGGAUGGUGUUUGCCAACCGAGGGCCCCUUGAUGGAUUGCUCUUGGAAACUGUGUUCCAGGAGCUUUUGCCCGCCCUGCCUUGCAGGGGAAUGGUGCUGCCCUGCCCAACAGUUGGUGGUUAGGAGAUUAUCUGCACUGGGGCCUGACCUGGGGAGGCUGGGAGGCUUUGCAGAGGCCUUGGUGCACUGUGCCUGCAAUCGGCCUGGUUGAAAAGGGCACACAGGAAGUAGAACAGAGGGAGUGGAACGCAAAGCAAUUUCGGGCUGUAUCACUCUUGCUCCCAACUUUCAUCCAAGGACAAGGACCAAUGGCAAUGCUUUCCCUGACCAAAGGCAAAACGGAGAAAUAGGGACAGAUAUCUUGAGCUUUUCAUUACAUGGAAUUUUAUUUCCUCUAACAAGCAGUUCUUUGUUCUGCUAUUACCUUAUUUCUACUUCUCAGGGUGAACAAUGGCAUUUAGGAAACAAGAGGUGGGGAGUUGACAGCUGUGUCUAUGUUUAUGGUUUAUGUUUUGUUUUCAGAGUCCUCAUCCCACAAAACAACAAGUUGCCGACUGGAUGUUGGUUUCCCCACCCCUCAUGUUCUCCUUGGUACAUUAGAUCCCAGAGGCUGGCAAUCCCUGCUAGAGAAGUUCCAAAGGAGAAAAUGGCUGCAGGGUGAGGGUGCUUUGUCCAGGACCCCCAGGGGGAGAGAAGGAAAGAAAAGAGGGAAGAAGGGUGCAUGGGAAUGUGACUUGUGGCACUGGGCGGGGGAGGCCGGGGGCCUUCUGCUGUGGCCCUUGAGGAGGACACACACGGCCCGUUGGCCCAGCUCCCCUAGAGACCCUGUGUGUGCUCCUGAUAAGUGGGGAGAGGUGCCCUGGGCCUCUUUGGUUGAGUCCCUUCUCUGUGCCAGGCUCUGUGCUGGAGGAUUCAGGGGUGAAACAGCAUUGAGGGGCUGCUGGAGGCUGGACGGCGAGGCAUGAGACGCACACUGUGGAUGGGCUGUCCUUAUUUCUCUUAUUACUAUAAUGAUUAGUCUCUAAUCAUGGACCAUGAUGAAAAUUGGUGCUUGGAAAUACCAAAUUGAGAAAUCCACUUCUCCCCACUGGGGAUUUCCUGGUUGGACGUGUACAUUACAAGUACAUGAAUUAGGAUAAUCUCUUGCCCCUCCCCACCCACAGAGGGACCCCCGAGGGAGGCCUGCUUGGGGCUUCUGGACCCAGGAACCCUGCAGUGCCAGCAGCUCCCUUUGAAGUUUAUCAGUGUCUCUUGCUGGCCGGGCACAAUGGCCUUGAGCGAGCCUCUUGGGUCCUUCCCCAGUUGGCAUCGUGGCCAAAUUCCCUCUCGCUAGGAACUCAGCUAAUCCCAGCCCCUGCUCCCCACAUGCCAAUCUGAUUGUCACCAUCCCGGUGCGCAGGGGAGGAGAGGCGGUGAGCUGGCACACAGCCCAGCAGCUACCUGGCCCACGACCUCCCUUACCGUGCCUCUGGCCGACGUGGAAACUGGUCACAGAGCUUUCCCCACCUCCUCUCCAGCCCCAGUGGACCUCCCAGUCCUCCUCAAAGCCACUCCAGGCAGCCACUGCCCAUCAAUCACGUUUUUCACGUAAGAAAACUUGUUUGACAUCCUUAUGCCUGAUAGCAGCCUGCUCAGGAAACUCUCAACUCUGAUAUCCUCCUUUUGUAAAAAAAUUAGUAUGUUCCCAAUGAAAACUUAUUUUUCCUUAGUCUAGUACCUGGGUGAGAGAAGCCAACUCCAGAAAGCAGGUAAUGGGAUGCACAACCAGAAAGGACUUCGAGGGGAGGCAGAAUCGAGUGGGAGAUGCUAUAGACUCUGGUUUUUUCAGACUGUUGGAGGUGGGAGGGUCCUUAGAGACCCUCUGGAUCUCAACUGCGUGCCCAUUUGAUAGGAGAGAAAACUGAGGCCCCAAACAGCUCCUGGCACCCCUGUGAGUUCAGGGAGUUAGUCCCAGAAGUGGGGGUGGAUCUCUGCACCCCCCAGGUGGCACUGCUUGGUGCCGGGCAGGUUUGUGCUGGAACUCUGCUAACAGGCUGUGUGACUGUGGGUGAGGUGCCCAGGCCCCCCCAACCACCCACCCAUUGGUAAAAGGGAAAAUUAGCCCAGGACCUGCAAGUCUGCAUAGUUGAGAUGUUAGAUGUUCUGGGAAGGUGGCCAUGGGCUCCUGGCUGGAUUCAGCCACAAGUAACAGAUAACCCACCCCACCCCCCACAACCCCCACCAAUUUUGGCUUAAACAAAUUAAGGAUUUUGCUUUUCUUUCAUCAUGAGAAGUCUAGAGAUGGGCAGUUGCUGGCAUCAUUUCAGGAACUCAAGGAUGCCAGGGUCAAGGUUUCUGCAACUCUCCUUUCCUUUUCCUUGUGCUAACCUCAUGGCCCAAGAUGCCUGCCUUACCUCCUAUUUUUCAUCUGAGUUCCAGGUAGGAAGAAGGGGACUGAGCCAGCCAAAUCUGCCCUCCUUUUAAGGAGCUUUUCUAGAAACUCUGCCCAACAACUGCUGUUCUCAUCUCAUUAACCAAGACUGGAUCCCCCACAUCUGCAGAGUCUGGGAACAUGACCCCCAAUAAAAUGGGGUUCUCUUAGUAAGGAGGAAGGGUACAAUGGGUUGGAAUGGCUCUUAGAUGUCUCUGCCUCAGUAGGAAUGAAAACCAGGGUUCACCCUGACGUUCCGUGUCUUGGCCUCAUCCUCCAGUAGCAGAACUUGCAGGCUUUUCCUCCCCUGCCUCUCCCCUGCCUCUUCUGCUGACAGGGCCAGGCUUCCAGUCCCUCCCUGUGUGUUGCAAACGUUCCUUCCACAUUCAGGAAACUUCUAGGCCCAGCUUUUUGUAAGACUUAAGAAUGCACAACUACAUCAUUUGUCCCUACUUGGCCAGAGUCUAUGUGCAGACAAGGCCCCCUCCCCCUCUUUGUCCUGCUGUGUCAUCAAAGGUGUUAAAAAAACGUAUCACCUUUAUUGCAUGAGGAUUCAGCUCAAGAAAUUCAUAUUUGCUUUAAUUUCUUCUAAAACACAAGGUCUCCUGGAAAGAGCAGGUCUCUGAGCAGGAAGCCACCUGAGAACUUAUCCAGGCCAACUCCUCACUCUACAGCAGACAGCUGAGUCUUCCUGGAGAGGGAAAGCGACAGGCAGAGACCUUGGGUCCUCUGUCUCCAGGGAAUGUGCAUUUCAUAAGAUGAUGGAGUGAGCCAGACAUAACCCAAAGAGGCACAUUGGUGGCCUGGGGGUGAGAAGGAGGGUAUCAGCCUAGGGCCCUUCCUAAGACCAUCCCCUCCAGUCAUAUCCCCUGGAGGCGGUGGCCCUGCCCACCCACAUGUUAGACACUUGCUAAGUGUGCCAAGGUGACGUGAGAUCAUCCCAACUAGAGCUUUGUUCUUCAGUCAAGUGGCUGUUUUCUUAUAUUUGCCUGGUGGGAGAUGCUGUCUCUUCCUUCUGGACCUUUCUCUGUGCACUAAAGGAGCCCAAACUUUUCCCACUCCGGCCCACCAAGUUCAAAUCCUGGCCCCUUCCCUCUGAGCCUCGGUCCUCUCGCCUGCUGCAUGGGUGUAACAAACUUCCAUCGCAGGACAAAGUGGGCGCAGAGCCUGGCACACGGUGGGCAUUUGACAGAUACUACUUUGCUUCCCUGCGGAGAGCUCUUUCCAAGUGGUGUGGAGGCACUUCUCUUGUUGCUCGGCCAACAGCAACUGGUACAGCCCCAUUUCCAAGUCCCAGGCCUUCAGGGGCACCUCCUUUGGCCUUUGUACCCAUGCCCUCAUGCAUGCCAGGCCUCUGUCAGCCCCCUUCCCUGAAAUAGCCCUCUUGCUGCCUCUGCAUCACCCCCACAGGUAAGGCCAGCUCUGACGAGCAUCCACAGGGGGACUUCUGUUCAUCCUCUCCUGCAGCCAAAGGCCUGACGCAAAGGGCUUUAAAACCAGCCAUCAUUUCUCCCACAGUUACAAUGGACAAGAGAAACUUCCCACUCCAAAGUAGGAAGGAGGGAGGAAUUUGUUUUUAAAGAGAAAUUAAAAAUCAAAAGCUCAUGGUCAGAAAACAAACCUUAUGGCAGAGCCCCCAGAGCUUUAAAGAACAGUCGGUGGGAUUCAGCUUCCCACCCCCCCAAAAGCUUGCCUUUUGGUUGCCAUGGCGACAUCGGAGCUGCUCACAGGCUAGCAGCCGGGAGGGCUGUGGACCUCUGAGGUUGGUACCUGACGGCCUUGACCGGACAGACAGAGGGACUCAACUGCACAGAGGUAACUCAGCCCCCAGGAGUCUGGACUUCCUUUCUGGGAAGCUCACUUCCGAGCUCAGCUCCCAGGGCCACCAGGUGAAUCCCUUCUCAGCACCGCUGUGGGGAUAAAGAGGGUUGGCAGCUCUCUUCCUCUUCUGAUGACAAGGGAACAGAAGGGAAUGUAGUUGAGGCCCAGUCAUGUUGCCCUUACUCCUUCUAAACACCUUGCUGGGGACUCAAGACCUCACUCUCAGCCGCUGCAAAAAGCAUGGAGGGCCUCCACAGCCUCCCUGAAAGCAGCCAGCUCCCCAGUGAGCGGUGAUUUGUGAUUUGAAUCCAGGGAUGAUUGACUUCAGGUCCCAUAUUCUUUCUGCCACUCCAUGGAACUUUCCUUUAGCCUCAAUUGCUUUGCUUUGCUUUGCAGGCCGUGGGCUACUGAUACUUAGGCAGCUGGUGAGCUUGUUGGGGUGGGGGUGGGGGGUGGGGAGGUCCAGGGCAAGGGCAGCAGGGCUUUUCCAGGGCAACACCAGGCUGAAGUGACAGGGAUGGAGACAGAUGCCCGCCAUCUGUUUCCACCCCCCACCCCCCCUGCAGAGAGGCCAUUCCUUGUGGGGGCAGGUGGACAGGAUCUGGUUUUGUGAAGUAACUGCUUAUAAAGCAGCUCUGAUUCCUUCCACCAGAGGAAAAAGGGGUGCUUUCUCUCCAGAGACAGUGGCUGUGCAUGUUCUAGAAGUUUUAUGGGGGAGAAGGAAGGGGACAGAGGAGGUUGUAUAUACGUGCAAGCGUGGUGUGUAUGUGCGAGUGUGUGUGUGUGUGUAUGUGUGCACAUGCCCUACAAACAUCCCUAUCCAGAAGUGCAGCUGAGCAGCCCUUGUUUCCAGCGCUGGGCUUCAGGGCAGCAGAGACCACCAGCCCCUGGUCUCCAGGGACCUUGGAAAGACCACAUUGGACCCCGGAUAUUUUCCCUGACCCACUGCUGUGGCUCUUUGGGAAGCCUCUUGCAUUCUCCCCGCAGGGAAGACGGCCAGUGGAACCCUCAGACCUCCAUCGCCUGGGAAUGUCCUUCGGCUGGUUUGGAAAUGACGCCUGCUUUUCUUGGGGUAACAAGCAGAGACAGCAAAUUGCCUGCGUGUUCAGGAGGACUUAGCUCUAGGGAUCCUCAAUUUGCCCGUUUCUCUCUUGUUCUUUGUGUGUAUGUACAUGUGUUUCAGAAGACAGUGAUAUUUGUAGCAUUUGUUGAGUGCAUAAGGUAGUAGAAGUGGGGAAAAUGGCAAGUUUCUUGUACCAGUUUGGAGAAAUGAGUACUUUCCCCUGAAUUUCAAAUCCAAAUGACCAACUCUCCCAUUCCAAAGCAUCGACUCCUGAUGGAUUUGUUAGUUUCCUUUGUCUUUCCUUUCAGGGGAGGGCUCAGGAGCCAGAGGGCCCCACACCUCCUUGGAACCCACCUGUGGGUGCCAGCUGCACCCCCACACUUGAUCCACCCUAAGGCCAGGUCCACACCAGUAACCUCCUCCGCACUGACAUCUGACGGCCCGGUUACCCCCAAGGCUGCUAGCCUGACACCACCCAGUUGUUUACCUGGCUGGCAGCAGUACAGUGUAUGUGUGUGUGUGUGCACGUGUGUGUGUAGAUGCUGCUUAAGUGGUUUUUGGUGUCACAAGCAAACUAUUUUCAUUGUUCAAACAUUCUCCUAGAUCAACAAUGCAAACAGGGACCAUAGCCACUCACGUCAAAUUGUUUGUGAUUGUAAAACACGCAUUUGUAAUAAACUAAGCUUUGUGGGAAGGCAAGCAGCGUUGGAGCCAAAUGACUGUCUGGGAACACGUGUGUGUUAUCUCGGUUCACAUCACAUCCAACAAGGGCCGAGAGCCUUCCUGGCUCUGUUGGGAGGGACACCGAGACCCGUCCAGCCUCUUCUCCGAGCUCUGUUUUAAUCCGCCGCUGAAGUUUUCAUCUUCUUCCCGUUGUUCAAGUUGGAAGUAGCAGUGUUCUAAAAGAUGGCAUUUUUGUUCUUUUAUUAUUAUUAUUUUUUUAAAUGUAUCUACUUCAUGUUUGGAAAUAAAAUAUAUAUAUAUUGUUCUAUGAAA